CGAACAGACCUACAAACAACAUGGCGCACCCAAUCAAACCUCCAGGCCGUCUCGGCGACCCGAACAUGUCUCUCGCCACCGAUCCCAGAACCAACAUCAAUCUAGCCAAAGCCCUCAAACCACUACGCAUGGACAUCAAUGUCCCAGAGAACAGGAUCACGCCCGCCACGGCCAGCAUGGCACAGAUCAAGAAGAUGAUGGCAAAAGUCAACGCCAUGGAAGAACAGACCGCCGACCUGAUGCCGAGAGAUCUGCCCGGUGAUAAGACCCGGCCGGAAGUCGACUGUAAGACGGUCACGAUCAAAGGUGUCGAUGGGAAUGACGUGAAUCUCUAUGUGUAUCGUCGAGCGGACUCUGGGAAUGCCAAACUGCCUUGUGUGGUCUAUAUCCACGGCGGAGGCAUGGUGCAUGGUCAAACUCUCAGCGCCGGUCUCUGCAUUGCCAUCGACUUUCGCAACGCCUUUCUUCCUAGCUCGGACGGCGGUAUCCACCACCCGUUCCCAGCCGGUCUGAACGACUGUGCUUCCGGCGUACAACAUAUCGCCUCACACAAGUCCGAGCUCGGAAUCUCUUCCCUAGUUCUACAAGGAGAAAGUGGCGGUGCCAACCUCGCCAUCGCCACAACGUUGAAAGCCAAGCGAGACGGCUGGAUGAAGGCAAUCGACGGCGUGUACGCUUGCGUGCCGUACAUCAGCGGCAUCUGGCACCGACCUCAAGAUCAGCUGUUGAAGGAACUCCCAAGUCUUAUUGAGAACAAUGGCUAUUUCUUGCAGGUGACGAGUAUGGCACUUAUGGCGAAGUUCUACACACCGGACGACAAGGACUUGACGAAUCCGCUGGCGUGGCCGUAUCAUGCUACGGUGGACGAGCUGAAGGGUCUGCCUCCGUUCGUGCUGGUCAUGGAUGAAUUGGAUCCGCUGAGGGACGAGGGCAUUGCAUUUGGGAGGAAGUUGGUGCAGGCCGGCGUCGGCGUGACGAGUAGUGUGAAUUUGGGUGUGAUUCAUGCGACCAGCCUGAUCUUUCGACAAGCGCUCCCGGAGCUGCACUUUGGAACGAUCAGUAACAUUGUCGCUUUUGCGCAGAGCUGUCGCGAGGACUCGGAUACUCCUAUUCGGGCAAAGUUAUCAUAA